GUCACAAGCCUCCUCUUCCACCCCAAUCGAGUAGUGAAAACAUUUUAAAAGGGGAGAAAGACCAAAAUGAGAAAAGAGAGUGACGGAAAUGGAGAGGUGGAAAGGGACAAGAAAAGAAGAGACUUUCAUGGCCUGAUAUUAUUGCAUGUAUUAUUUACACCUAUUGAAUGUAUAAUUCUUUUCAUACUUAUUGAUUUGUAUAUAUAAUGUGAAAUCCGAAAUUAAACUAAACUGGAAAAAAAAAAAACUUUUAACUCUGUCCCCACUAUCGUCAACUAAUAGAAGAAGCAGUGGACCACCACAGUCAACUUUUGGCACAUGUCAUGUAGACUGCAUGUACCAAGAAUUCAAAAUAAUGAAGCAGUCUUGGGUUUCAUUCUGGUGUGAAUAAUGAAACAAAUGCCAGCAAGAUUUUUCCUUUUUCAGAAAUCAUAAUGGAGCGACAGAAGGAGAAGGAUCUUCCAGCAGUGGAAGCACAGAUGGAUCUCAUUCAAACAUAAGUGGGUUUCACAGCCUUCAUUCAAAUGACAGAGCUCAAAGAAGGUCAUCUCCUGAUGGUUCACCAAGAAGAGACUUGUUGAAACCUGACUCACUAUCCAUUAAGGAUGUUAUGGCUUUUGCUUUGACUGGACGGACUUUAAGCACCGAAAGUUCUAAUUCAGACAUGAGUGGGUGUCACAGCUUACAUUCCAAUGAUGAAGUUGAGGGAAGGACUUCAGGAGACACCAAAUCCUCCCAGUCUAACAUCAUGUCUCAGCCUGGAACACUAGCUAGCACCGAGAAUGCUUCAAAUGCUAAAGACUCAAAAGUGACUCCACCCAUGGCUGCAUUGAGAUCUGAGAAGGGUACAUCCUCUGAUUCUGACGAUUUCUCCAAGCCUGCUACCCUUGCCAGCACCGAGAGUGCUCCUUGUGAUGAUGCUCCACAAUCGCCUCAAUUCCUACGAUCUCUAUCUGAGGUUGGAUGCAGUUCUGAAAUCAGUAAAUGGCAUAGCCUUCGUUCUACAGACAGAACUCCGAGACGGCCUCAACUCCUACGAUCUCUAUCUGAGGUUGGAGGCAGUUCUAAGAUCAGUAACUGGCAUAGCCUUCGUUCUACAGACAGAACUCCGAGACGGCCUCAACUCCUACGAUCUCUGUCUGAGGUUGGAGGCAGUUCUAAGAUCAGUAACUGGCAUAGCCUUCGUUCUACAGACAGAACUCCGAGACGGUAUGUAUCUAAUUUAGCCAUCACUUCCAAGAUGUUUAACGUACAUGGGCAGGGAGGGAGGUCCAUAGAUACAGCAUUUUGUGUUGUAGUACUUGUAGUCAAGUACAUGUGGUUAAUUUAAGAGGCAGUGAACCAUUGAUCGACCCACCACAUUCAUUCAUAAGUCAUUUAGAUUAAGAGGACAACAAAUUAAGGGAAACAAAGGUGAUACAUUAUUUUUUGUUUAAACAGACAUAUUAACAAACAAAAAGAUAUAUGUUCACCUAUAGUCAAUUUUA